UAUAACAUUGACAUCUUCAUAAAGUUUAUUCAUCUCAAAAACAUCGCAAAAUUCUUUGGUAUUUUAUCUUUUGCCGAAUUUCAAGAGCUACAGAUUAGCAAUGUUAUUUUGGAUCUAUUGGGCAUGAAGUUAUUCCAAAUUCAAUCAUCAUUUCCAAGGAUGAAUAUACUCAACAUCGCUGAAAAGAAGAUACAUGACAUUGAAAGAUACUGGAAUCUUUCUUCCCAAUUGUUGACAAUUGAAAAUAUUUUAUUGGUUGGCAAAUUGAUGAAAGAAAAUUACAGUUGUAAUUUAUGCAACAAAUCUAACGAUUUGCCUGGUUGUGAUCUAGUGUGUUCAAAAUACACUUCCAAAAACUUUACCAAUGUCAAUGGUGUUGCAGACGAAACAUUGCCAAACAUCAAACUUACUGUGAUAUUGGAGCAUUUUUGCCUUACUUGUGAUUUUCAUCAUCGUCCUAAUCAUUUGCUUUUUCUCAAAGAAAAUUAA